UCAAGGAUUCAUCUGUGCUCUCUUUGUUGUUAUGGUCGCAGUGAUGGCAGCUCCUGCUGCUGCUCAGCGUCCCUAUGGCAGAAUCCGAGGACCGCAGAGAAGGUACCCAGUAAAGAAUCUACGCCCUUGCGACGAAGGACCAUGCUAUCCGGCGACUGGAAAUUUACUAAUUGGUCGAGAGAACAGACUGACAGCAUCGUCGACCUGUGGAUUAAAAGGACCGGAAAGAUUCUGCAUAGUGUCCCAUCUGAAAGAGAGGAAAAAGUGUUUCUAUUGUAACGCCGCGAUUCGGAAGCAACAACACAACGUGGAGAACAUCACAUACACUCAUAGCCCUCGAACCCUUGGUGACUCUUGGUGGCAAUCGGAGAAUGGAGUUGAAAAUGUCACUUUACAAUUGGAUUUGGAGGCAGAAUUUCACUUUACGCAUAUUAUAAUAAGGUUUCAGACCUUUAGACCGGGGGCCAUGUUGAUCGAGCGAUCAUCAGAUUACGGCAAAACGUGGCGUGUUUACAAAUACUUCGCCCAUAAUUGCGAGCAGACAUUUCCUCAUGUACCAACUCACGUGCCCCAAAAAUUAAACGACGUUGUCUGUGACUCGCGUUACUCAACCGUCGAUCCGUCGACUGACGGCGAAAUAAUCUUCAGGGUAUUGUUGCCCAAUGUGCAGAUCGACAAUCCCUAUUCUCAGGAAGUGCAAAAUCUUCUGAAAAUGACCAAUCUGAGAAUUAACUUCACGAGGCUUCUCACUCUCGGUGACGACUUGUUGGACAAUCGGGCUGAGAUCAAAGAAAAGUAUUACUACGCUAUAAAAGACAUGGCUGUUCGAGGAUCCUGCUCGUGCUAUGGACACGCCUCGAGGUGCUUGCCUCUGCCUGGUAUACCUAACCGCCAGGACAUGGUUCACGGACGCUGUGAAUGCACGCACAACACUAAGGGACUGAACUGUGAAAUGUGCGAAGACUUUUAUAACGACCUACCUUGGAAACCGGCAGCUGGAAAACAGACCCAUGCCUGUAAGAAGUGUAACUGUAACAAUCACGCCACCAGUUGUCACUUCGACCGAGCCACCUACGACAGAACUGGCAGAGUUUCCGGCGGUGUCUGUGACGAUUGUCAGCAUAACACGCAGGGACAGAACUGCGAGAUUUGCAAACCGUUUUACUACCAUGACUUCACCAGAGAUAUCAGUGACCCUGAUGCCUGCCAACCUUGCGAUUGUGACCAACUUGGUUCGUUGGACGACGGCAUUUGCGACCCUCUGACCGAUAUGUUGACUGGUCAGGAAUCAGGCCGCUGCCAUUGCAAGCUGAACGUGGAAGGGCGUCGCUGUGACCGCUGUAAAGCUGGAUUUUGGAACUUCAGUUCAGAGAAUCCAGAAGGCUGUCAAGCCUGCUCUUGUCAUGCACUCGGCACGGUUGAUUUACAUGGGUGUGACGUGUCCUCUGGAAAAUGCACUUGCAAGCCAUACGUAAUUGGUCGCGAUUGUGAUCAGUGCUACCCAGAGUUUUGGGGCCUCUCCGAUGACCGAGAAGGCUGCAAGCCGUGCGACUGUGAUCUUGGAGGUGCUUAUGAUAACUUAUGUGACGUAGUAACUGGCCAGUGCAGCUGUAGGGCACAUAUCGACGGCAGAACUUGCAAUGAACCGGAGCAGAACCAUUACACAGUUGCUCUAGAUUAUCUGGUUUACGAAGGAGAACGAAGCAAAACCAAUAAAAGCCAAAUCGUGAUCCGAGAACCAUAUCGUGAUGGUAGAACCAAUACCUGGACCGGACCAGGUUUCAUAAGAGCCUUUGAAGGUUCGACGUUGGAGUUCACGAUCGACGAUGUAGUGAAGUCCAUGGAAUAUGACAUAGUCUUACGUUAUGAGUCCGAGGUCCCGGGUAUUUUAGAAGAAGCUCAGAUAUUUGUCGAACGAGAGGAAGACGUGGACCCUGAAGGGGCAUGUGCUAAUUGGGAACCGGAAGAUGACGAACUGUAUAUUCGGCUUCCGGUGAACUCGCGGAGCGCCGUUGCGGUACCGUCAGUGUGUCUUGAGAAAGGGAAAAAAUACAUUGUAGUCCUCCAGUUCAAGAAUUCGUAUGACCGUGCAGGCGGCCCCACAGCUUCAAUACUGAUUGACUCUAUCGUCCUGAUGCCCAAAGUGGAAGGUAUCCCGUUCUUCGCGGGUUCUCCACCCAGCGAAAUGCGGAGACAAGACUUCGAAAGGCGACAUUGCGACGACAUAUUUUACAAUGUUAUCCCAUCCGGGGAAACUAACGAGGUUGACAUUUGUGCGCAGUACCGCAAAAGCAUCGGUUAUUUUAUCUUCGAUGGAGCACCCUCCUGCGAGUGUAAUCCAACGGGAUCCAACAGUCUGCUGUGUGACCAAUACGGAGGCUCGUGUCCGUGCAAGCCAAACAUUGUUGGUCGACGUUGCGAUCGUUGUGCUCCUGGGACAUAUGGGUUUGGUCCAGCUGGUUGCGUGCCAUGCGACUGUGACAGCGUCGGCGCUGAGGAUAAUUUCUGCGAUUUUGAGACAGGGAGGUGCAAGUGUAGGCCAAACACGUACGGAAGAACAUGCGGCGAGUGUGAUCCUGGCUUUUGGAACUUCCCACACUGCGAGCGGUGCAAGUGCAACGGUCACGCCCAGACCUGCGAUUCGGUGACGGGGGCUUGUCACGACUGCCAGGACUUCACAACUGGUCACCAGUGCGAUAGAUGUGCCGUAAAGUAUUACGGAGACCCUCAAAUCGGGGUUGACAUUCCAUGCAGGCCUUGUCCUUGUCCGGGAACUUGGGACUCCGGCCAUUCGUUCGCUGACAGGUGUUCUCUAGACCCCGUCACGUUAGACGUGGUGUGCGAAUGUUACGAAGGAUACGCCGGAGCCAGGUGUGACAUUUGCGCUGAAAACUACUUUGGUAGUCCCGAUGUGCAAACGGGAAGAUGCGUGCCCUGUGACUGCAACAACAACACCGAUCUGUCGCAACCAGGGAAUUGCAACCCGCACACUGGACGCUGUCUCCAAUGUUUGUACGACACUGACGGACCAAAUUGUCAAAUCUGUAAGCCCAACUUUUACGGUGACGCGCUGAAACAGGAUUGCAAGGAGUGCGGAUGCAACGUCCUCGGCACCAACUUCCGCGACGGUCACUGCAAUCAUCGUGAUGGACAGUGUCCAUGUCUGCCGAAGGUCACUGGUCAGUACUGUGAUACCUGCGUAGAAAACCACUGGAGAAUUGCCAGCGGAGAAGGCUGCGAUCCGUGCGAUUGCGACGUGAUUGGAAGCGUGUCAGAAAAAUGUAACGAGUAUGACGGUACCUGCCAAUGUCGCCCUGGCUUUGGAGGAAGGCAGUGUAACCAGUGCGAAACGAAUCACUGGGGCAAUCCCAACAUCGAGUGUUUGCCGUGCGAGUGUAACCUCAUCGGAUCAUCCACUCAACAGUGUGACAGGGAAACUGGGGCCUGCAUAUGUCUGGCUGGAAUUGGAGGCGUCAAGUGCGACCACUGCGACCGUGGGUACCUUGGAGUUGCUCCGAGCUGCAUUCCGUGUGGCGAAUGUUUUAAAAACUGGGAUCUGACGCUGAGUGGUUUGAGCAACAGAACAUACGAUGUCAUAGACGCAGCAUCGAAAAUUCAGAAGAUUGGAACAGCCGGAAUUUACAGUCAGGAAUUUGAUAAUAUGGACGAAGUACUGAUGGGGGUUCGAGAGCUCGUCAACAAGACGAGCGUCACGGCCGAGGACCUUCUCGAGCUCGUUGAUUUUGCCAAUAAUCUCAACAACACAGUUUCCUUCUCGAACGCCAUUCUCGACGAAGUCGACAACUACAUUGGAUCCAUCAGUCAGCGGGUCAGUCUCGGUGAAGUGGCUCUUCAGAACAUGAAGAACCGAACGGUUAGCUUGAUCGAAGCCGCUGCUGAGCUCAAAGAGAACGCUACAGUCUUGCAGGAGGCCGAUGUCUACGGUGCUCUGAACCUAACUCACCAAAUGGCGAAGCAAUCGGACCAGGCAGAAGCGCUGGCCAGUAGUUCAACGACCGCUUUAGCGGACGCUGACAGAUAUCAGAAGAACACUGAAAACUUGCUUGCCAAGCGGUCAGAGUCUUUCACUGACAAGCUCAAUGAGAACGAUAAUUCCCUGAAGAGACUCAAAGGUGAACUCGACGAAUUCAACCAGCUGAUUCCCGACCUCAAUCUCGCCAUGUGUGGAGCUAGUGUCGACGAAUGCGACGAACUAUGCGGGGGUGCUGGCUGCGGUUUUUGUGGUGGUCUUUCUUGCGAUGACGGUGCAGUUACGGAGGCAGAAAGGGCCUUGGAUCUUGCCAAGCAGCGAGCUGCCGGGAUAAAGAAACACAAAGACGAAAGCGAACAGUUGCUUAGAAACAUGACGCAAAUGAAAGAUGAUGCUGUAGCCGCGAAACAUCUCGCUCAACUCGGCCUGAAUGCUGCAUUCGAGACUUACAACUUCUCGAGUAACUUCACGAAAAAUCUGGAAAACCUCCACAGCAGAAUAUCUAAUAGCCUGAACGAAGAACGACCGACUCCAGCGAUGGUGAAAGACUUGGCUGAAAAGGUGCUGGAGAAAAACAUAAAGUUGAACCCAGACGAGAUCAAGGACCUGGCUGACAGCAUAAGAAGCAUCGUCGGUUCGCUGACGGAUUCUGAGAAGAUCCUCGAGGAUGCUGCGGAAGAUUUGGAGCUAGCUGAAAUCCUGCGAGACGAGGCAGUGAGGGCUAAGGAUUCGGCUGUCGCGCAGAGUACGCGGGCUGGAAACAUAGUCGUGUUUUUAACAGAGGCGGAAAUCGCUGCGGAAGACGCACAGUUGGCCAUAGACGAGAUUGAGCGACACAUAUCCCUGUCCCAUAAUGAUUUGACCGAUAUACUGAUCGAGAUUGAUGCGGUUGCGGAAAAGGCUGACAACACUACUGCAAAAAUUGACGAUUUGGACAGGCGUUUGACCGAGCUUCAGACUCAGAUCGUAAAAAAUGACUUUAUAUUGACGCAAGAAAUCGGUUCAGAGAUCGGCGACGUCACGGUUGAGGCUGAGAACACGAGAAUGAAGACUAAAAAAUUGGUUCAAGAAUUCGAAGUGGCGAAUCAGGCGGUGAGGCUCAAGGCCGAAAAGAGUGAGGGAAAAAUUUCUAGGUCGAAACUACUUCUGCAACGGGCUUCCGAGCUCGCUGCUGACACGACCACCAAAUUUAAGGACAUUAAUGGAAUGGAAGGAUCCUACGCAGAGAACGAGAAAACCCUGGCUGACCUCAUGUCCGAGGUCGAGUCCCUCACGCGUCAAAUGGAAAAACACUUGAACCACAUUCAGCACAAGUCACAGACCUAUGCUCAGUGCUCGACGUAGGCGGAGGAUAGAAUAUCAGGCUUCGCGGUAACUUCAGUUUCAGAGACUGAGCUUUCGCCUAAGAACAGGUAUUAAUCAAAACGUUAUAACUGGCGGGUUAUUUACUCCGUGAUCGAAGUAUUUGCGAUUUGAACUUUUGAAAAGAUAUUUCUUAACAUUUCUAGAAACGUUCUCUAGGAACGAAACCAAAGUGGACAAGUGCCUUAUAUUUUAGACUAUAAGAUAGUUGUAAAUAAUUAUUAUAUAAUACCUGAAUUGCUGAAACCAAAAAUCAUGAGACUUGUAUAUCUGAGAAUUUACGCAUCGCGUGUAUCCGUGUAAUAGUUUAGUUUGUUGCGUUUAUAAUUCUCGAAUAUAUUUAUUCGUCAAGCUAUAUUCAGCUACUGUAACAAAAGAGCUGCUAUGAUAGUUGAAUAAAAGUAAAAGUUGAAUUGAUAAUCAGAGGAAUUCGGUAGUAUUUGUCAUUUAUCGCACCGCGGAAAAUGGAAUCGAAUUCUCGCGACGAAAAUUGAAGAGUGUGAACCUGCUUUAAAAUAAACAGCACGUGGUUUCCAAGCGCGCCUACUUCCUGUUGGUUGAAGUUUGUGUCUUGCAGUCUAGAGGCUAUCUGAACCGGAGUUACACACAGAUAACAACCCACGCGUUC